AUGCUUCACACUCUGCAGAAUCUGAGAGAGAAAGUGGAUCAAUCUGAAAGAGAGCAACUCUCUGUACAGCUCAGUGUGAAGGACAGCAGAGCACAGGUCCAGAACAUCAUGAGUGAGCUACACAGACUGCAGGCCCAGAGGAACUUAUGUUUGGAGGAGGUCAGGGUUCUGCACGGGCAACAGUGUGUAAGCCGCAGCGUGUCUGUUCUGGAGAGGGAAGAGAUGGACAGACUGCUGGAAAAUGCCAAAUCUGAGCUGUUCUCAGAACAGCGGCGUUUCAGGCACACACUGGACUCUAUGCAGGAGAGGCUGGAUGAGGUGAAUCAGGAACUGGAGCAGAGAGAGGAGGACAGCAGGAGCCUCCAGGAGAAAUACAGUGAGCUGGAGAAGCAGCUGCUUCAUGCCAUCAGAGAAAAAGAACAGAUAAAACUGGCCUCACAGAAGCAUCUAGAACAACAAGUGAAGCGUUUUGGGGCACUGGAGAGAAUUGUUGCCCAAAAGGAAUUGCUUUUGCAAGGUACACAAGAAGCGAAGGAAGGCCUUCUUCUGGAGCUCUGUUCACUAAGAGAGGAGCACAGCUUAAACCUGAGAGAAAUGCAGAACAGAACUAAAAAAGACAUGGAGCAAGAGAUUGAGAAACUGACAUUGCAGUUAACCAAAAGCCACAAAGAGGAGCUUCAAAAUGUGUGUAAGCAGGCGGAUGAGUUGAGGUCAGCUACUCUCAGUGACCAAGCUCAGAUUCACAAACAAAGCCUGGACUCCUUACACAACUGCAUCAAGAUGAAAGAUGAGGAGGUGAAGCAACUAAAACAGGCUCUAAAGCAGCGCGAGGAGAAGAUGAGAAGGCAACAAGAGGAAUUCAGAAGAGAGACUGAGGAAAAGAUUGUAAAGGCUGUGAGUCAAGAGAAAAGGAAGUGUGAGGAACAGAGAGAGAAGGCUCUCCAAGAGCAGCGUUACGCUCUAGAGCAGAAAAUAGAGGAUGCAGUGAGGAGAGGGAGAACAGAAUUGGACAAAGAGAGAAAAAACACUCUGGCAUUACAAAGUAAACUGACUGAACUUCAGAAGGAGGCAGAGAAGGAGGCUAUGUGUCUUAAGCAAACUUUGCAGAGCUCUGAAAAGGAGCUUCAGGAGCUUAGGACAGCACUCCGAGAGAAAGAGCAAAAGCAGCAGAGAAGAACCGCCAGACAUGAGCAGCAGAGCAGACGCUGGGCUCAGGACAUACAUGCUGAGUGUGUUCACUUGCAGGAGCUGCUGAAACACCAUGGCCUGACUGUGGAAAGCACACACUCAUCAGACAGUUCUACAGUGAGUUCAGCUCUUCAGACGCUGCAGUCUCUCGCAAAGUCCCUACAGCAGUAUAUCAGUGAUCUAAAAACUGAGCUCAGUACACAGAUACGCGCUGCACUGCAGAUAAGCAGAGAAAAGGAGCAAGAGCUGCGUGUACAGAAAGAGCAGCUGAUUGAGGAAAAGGAAAGAGCGCUGGCUGCUCUGAAAGAGAAACUCAUACAGGCGCACAUUGAGGAGAUGAGCAGUCUAUCUCGUGGUCAGCUGCUCAUGAAGAAUGAUGAAGAUGUGGAUGGACAGUGUGUUCGUCUGCACAGACAGCUGAAGGCUAAAGAUGAGGAGCUCAGACAGGUGCACAGCAGCAUGGCUCAGUGGAAAGACAAAACCACUGCCAGAAUCGCACACAAGUUUGAGCUGGAGCUCAAUGCAGAGCUGGAGAGGAGGGUCCCGACAUCCAAAGCAGAGCAACAGAAAAGAUUGGAGAGACUUGAGAAUGAGAUGAGACAUCUGACUGCUCAAUGCCAAGACCACAACAAAUCCCAGUUGACCUCGGCUGUUGUUCAGGGUGGCCCAGACUUACAAAAUUCCAGAAUCACUCAAGACUUGAGCACUUAUAAACUGCUGCGGCACCUCCAGAGUCGCAUUCGGCUCCUCCAGGCAGAGAGUCAGAGCCGCUGCCCCAGUCCAAUGAAGCGGGACAGGGAGAACACUGACCUGGGCGGAUCCUACUUAGACAUGAUUGCUCCAGCUCAGGAAAGCAGGAAAACUGAAGACUACCUACCAGCAAAGAGCAUCUCCAGUUAACAUUUGCUUUCAACUCUCUUAUACUACAACUUAUUCACCAGGUUGUUCAUUUUUAUUAGGAAACCAGAAAAUCACUUCUCCUCCUCGGAGCUCAGGUGGAACGUUCAAGUUCUGAAUGGACAGAAUUGACCACUUCACUGUAGACUGAUGUUUCAUUUAGGCCUGCUUAAAUCAAAGAAUGAACUGUAAUGGCAAUUGAAAUCUUGGCUUUUAAAAUGGACUUUAGAAUCAGUUGUGUUUGUGUUUAGGGCUGGGCGGUUAAUCGAAAUGAAAUCGCAAAGCUGCAAUUGUCAUGCACAUCUUGUCAGUGAAGCAUGGUAUUGUCAAAAGCCAGAGGGUGCUCUCACAUGGAAACUACAAACAGCCUUGAAAAAGAAAAACAGGAAAUCCUGAUUUAACUGCUUUCAUUGAUUCAGCGUGACUAAUAAUCACAUGGCUGCGUAAUCAUCUCAUGGGAGCAUUUGCUUCAAAUGCUCCACUUAAGUUAUAAAGUGAGUUUUUGUAUGUGGUAUUUAUUUACUACUACAAAAGCUCUUUUAUGCCCUUCACUCGCUAACUUCCUUCAGUCACAUUGACUCAGAUGAAUGUCAUUGAUUACGUUACACUAGUGUCCACUACUGGCGGAACAUCUGAAUGGGUUUAAAUGGAAUGCCCUAAACCUUUUAGCACUUGAAAUCUACUAUGAAAACCACUGUGAAUGCUGAUGUUGCAACGUCACAAACACAUUGCAUUGUGGGACAUACACUACCUGACAAAAGUCUUGUCACUUAUCCAAGUUUUAGGAACAACAAAUAAUAACUUGACUUCUAGUUGAUCAUUUCAUCGUAUCAGAAGUGGCUUAUAUGAAAGGCAAAGGCCUCUAGAUUAUGCUUAUUUUAUCAAAAUGAAACAUGAUCAUGUCUUGAUUUUUAAUUAUUUAAUUAGGACAGUAAGGUCUGACUUUACUUUGACAAAAGUCUUGUCACUUAACAUAAAUAAUGUACAGUAUAGACCAUAAAUUCAUGGUGCCAUGGAAAAAGAAUUAAUAUUGUGUAUGACUUGGAUAAAGUCAUCUGGAAUGACAAAUAAAGCGUUCUUGCAGGACUCCCAGUGUUCAUCAAGAUUCUUUGGAUUCAUCUUCAAUUCACCUCCUUCAUCUUACCCGAGACAUGCUCAAUAAUGUUCACCUCUGGUGACUGGGCUGGCCAAUCCUGGAGCACCUUAACCUUUAUUUCUUUCAGGAACUUUGAUGUGGAAACCAAAGAAUCAGGAGCGUUAUCCUGGUAAAGAAUUUGCCCUCUCCUGUGGUUUGUAAUGUAAUGGGCAGCACAAAUGUCUUGAUACCUCAGGCUGUUGAUGUUGCCAUCCACUCACCAGAUCACUUGCAUGCCCUUAUACUGAAUGUAACCACAAACCAUGAUUUUUCCUUCACCAAACUUGAUUGAUUUCUCUGAGAAUCUUGGGUCCAUGAAGGUUCCAAUAGGUCUUCUGUAGUGUUUGUGAUGAUUGAGAUGCAGUUCAACACAUGAUCCAUCAGAAAAAUCUACCUUCUGCCACUUUUCCAAAUGAUCAACUAGAAGUCACAUUAUUAUUUGUUGCUCUUACAACUGGGAUCGAUGACAAGACUUUUGUCAGGUAGUGUAUAGGUGCUGGAGUGUACAUAUGAAGUAAAAUCGCUCCCUCUAUCAACACUGAGGGAUCGAGGAUCUAUCCAUGUGAACUUUCCUCAUCCACUUCAAGUGGAACUCACUUUAAAAUGGCAGCAUGGGUUUUCCCAAGGAGAAGUGCACGAUUGCAUAUCUAAAAGUGGAGUUGUCUGCUGUCAGUAUCACAUAAUGAUUAUAUCGAUGUCUAUGUCGUCUGAUUAAAUCAUAUUCAGGGCAUCACAGUUGCGCAGUGGGUAGCACAAUUCCCUUACAGCAAGAAGGUUGCUGGUUCGAGCCUCGGCUGGGUCAGUUGGCAUUUCUGUGUUAAGUUUACAUGUUCUCCCCGUGUUCGCAUGGGUUUCCUCCGGGUGCUCCGGUUUCCCCCACAGUCCAAAGGUGAAUUGGGUAAGCUAAAUUGUCCAUAGUGUAUGUGUGAAUGAGUGUGUAUGGAUGUUUCCCAGUGAUGGGUUGCAGCUGGAAGAGCAUCCGUUGCGUAAAACAUGCUGGAUAAGUUGCAGGUUCAUUGUGCUGUGGCGACCACUGAUAAAUGAAGGGUCUAAGCCGAAAAGAAAAUGAAUGAAUGAAAAAAAUUCUACUUCAAUUUUGAAUGUGAUUUUUGCGUAGCUUGUCAGUGAACCGACUCUGAAAUACAUGCAAAUGCUGCUCCAUCUGAAAGCAACCUCCAGUUUUACUGACAAAAUGUGAAUAUUAAUCGCUCAAAUGCAAACAAUGCAGGAUGUGAUGUCUAAUGAUUUCUCUUAGAAGAGCUAAUCAUCGUAAAAUGAAAAAAAAAAAUCUUGAAAU